AUGUCCACAACCAUAAUCAAGAUUCCAGAUGCCGGCUUCUAAAUCAUACAUAAUUUCUACCAAAAUUUCUUUAUGCAUCAUGGAAGAUAACUCGGUGACACUCAGACUAAUCUCCCUCCUAGUCAUAGUUUCAUUGGUAGCCGUCCUGGUGGCGAUCUACCAUUUCAUCGCCGUCAGCUGGUGCAACCGCAGGCGGAAUCAUACCCCGCCACAUCAUGUGCACCAACAAAGUCAUAACCAGGAUGACUACAGUUUGGAGAACUCAGUGGUUCUCCUUAUCCCAGCCCACAAACACCAAAAGGGGCCGGGAUUAGGUACAAAAGGAGGAAGUGGUGAUGAUGAUGCCAUGUGUUCAAUUUGUUUGUGUGAAUUUGAGGAGGAUGAAGAGCUACGUACUUUACCGGAAUGUUUACACUCUUUUCAUGUACCGUGUAUAGAUAUGUGGUUGUGUUCUCAUUCGACUUGUCCCAUAUGUCGAACGGAUGCUAUACCUUCAACUCAAAUGUUGUUACACAUGUUGGAUUCUGAUUCAGAUGUAGAGGUUAGACAAGAAGCUCCUAGCAUUGUUCAGACAUCGAGUGCAUAGUCUUUUUUUUUUUUUUUUGUAGCAUUGUAAAAAUAAAUUUAUUUCUCCUUCUAAGUAGAACAUUUGAUAUUUUCCAAAA